AUGGAUUUUCCUGAGAAUUUGCCAUCGGAUAGUGGAAGAUUAGAGCAGAUUGUUUCACACUUUUUUCCAAAGGCAUUACACAUCGUUCUAGAUUCUAGAAUCCCUUCGUUGCAAUCUCGUGGUCGUACUCGUGAGCGUUUAUCGGGUCUUAAUGUUAAAAAGAGUGAUAAAUGGUUCAAUCUCGUGAUGGGAGAUCGUCCUGCAGCUUUGGAGAAGCUGCAUUCUUGGCAUAGGAACAUCUUGGAUUCUAUGAUCAUUGAUAUCAUACUUGUUCAUCCGAUCCCGAGUGACGAUGAUCAUGUCGUCGAUUCCACUCUUAGAUCAGCUGAGACUGUGAUCGAGCGUUGGGUUGUUCAGUAUGAGAAUCCACUGAUUAUGUCUCCUCAGAAUUCUGAUUCGUCUACUCGUUAUCAGAAGGUUUACAAGAAAUCUAUCAUUCUAUUGCGGUCUCUUUACGCGCAGACUCGCCUUCUCCCUGCGUAUCGUGUCUCUAGGCAGCUACGUUCGUCUCUUGCCUCUUCUGGUUAUGAUAUAGUUUACAAGGUUUCAUCUUUCAGUGAUAUAUUCUCAGGUCCAGUGACAGAAACUAUGAAAGAGUUUCGUUUUGCACCUGUUGAAGUGCCUCCUGGUCGUCUUUGCGCCUCUGUUACUUACCGUUCUGACUUGUCUGAUUUUAAUCUCGGUGCUCAUAUCACAUUGCCUCCAAGAAUCAUAACCGAUUACGUAGGGAGUCCUGCAACAGAUCCUAUGAGGUUUUUCCCUUCUCCAGGGAAAAGUGUUGAAGGUACAUCUUUUCCAGUUAGAGCUGGUCGGCCUCCAUUGACUAGUUCAGCUGCUGAACGUCCGCAUAGCUGGACCAGCGGCUUUCACAGACCUCCAGCUCAUUACGCAACGCCAAACCAAUCCUUUUCGCCUGCUCAUUCACAUCAAUUCUCACCCGGACUACACGAUUUCCAGUGGUCGCGUACAGAUGCUUUUGGUGACAGUCACCAGCUUUCACCUCCUUUUUCGCCAUCGUGUUCUCCCUCUACGCCAAGAUACAUUUCGGGGAGUAACAGUCCGCGGAUUAAUGUGAGGCCAGGGACUGCUCCAGUGACCAUUCCUUCUUCAGCCACAUUCAAUAGAUACGUUUCAUCUAACUUCUCUGAGCCAAGUAGGAAUCCACUUCCUCCUUUUUCUCCCAAAAGCACGAGACGCUCCCCUUCAUCGCAAGACUCUUUGCCUGGGAUUGCAUUGUACAAGAUUUCGAGAAGCGGAGAGUCUCCUUCUGGAUUAAUGAACCACUACCCUGGCCAGAAGCUGACAAAGGACAGCAAAUACGAUUCAGGACGCUUCUCAGGACUUCUAUCUUCGAGUGGCUCACCAAGAUUCGGGUUUUCUAGAAGCCCCAGUAGACUAUCUUCCCAAGAUGACUUGGAUGAUCCUGACUGUUCAUGCCCUUUUGAUUUCGACGAUGUUGACGAGUCAGGACUUCAGUACAGCCAAAGUCUUGACAGGAGGAAAACUUCAAGCUCUAUAUCGCAGUCGCAACCUAUAGGAAGAAAGUCGCAGGACGCAGCGGUAGGGGUUCUGGUUCACAUGCUGAAGACGGCACCACCAUUAAGGCAAGACUCGAGCACUUACAUGGGGUCAAUGACUGGGAUCCAGAGAGAAGGUUCAGUGUCAGUGUCAGUGUCAGGUACAGAAUCUGAAAUUUCCAUGGCUCGAAGUACAUCAGAUGCACUAGAGGAGCUGAGAAACUACAAGCAGCUCAAAGACUUGCUUCUCUCCAAAUCCAAGAGUGGAUCUGGUGGAGCAACUCGUGUCCACUAA